GUGAAAAUACGAUUUUGCAUUUGCAAACGGGACGUUACCUUUUAAAAUCUUUCCUAAUUGCAAAAAAGGGAUCUCCGAUAGGUGGUCGACUAAGUUACCUUUCUUUUUACUCUAAUAUACUUAUGGAAAAAUGUUCCGCUGAAACAAUAGAAAAUCUUUUGGAUGCUGAGACUCAACUUGGUGCAUUUCGUCACAUGUAUCUACGACGUUUGUCUGAUCUCGAUUCGAGUAUUGAAAUAUCUGCAAUAACACAUCUGCAUGGUUAUGAUGGUUCUAAAGCGGAUCAUAUGAUUGAUAUUGUUCAUUUAUCUAAAGCAUAUUGCCAUUAUACAACUUUAAUUAAUUCACAUGAAGGAUUACAAUCAGUAAAAAAAGAACAACCAGCAAUAUAUCCAAUUCUUCGCGCAUUAAUAGAUCUUUACUUUAUAAAUAUAGUCUUAAACCAAUCAGGAGAUUUUCUUAUAGAUGGAUAUUACACACCACACCAUAUUUCACUUUUAAAGCAAGGACAAAAGAAACUAUUAAACAUUAUUAGACCUGAAGCUAUAGGUUUGGUUGAUGCUUGGGAGUUUAGUGAUAACCAUUUAAAUAGCGCAUUAGGAAGAGAAGAUGGAAAUGUUUAUAAAGCCUUGUAUGAAUGGGUUAAAAUGGAACCCAUGAAUAUUUUGGAAAGACAAGGAAAAAUUGUAGGUUAUGAAGAAGGACUAAAAGAUAUUUACACUGGAAAGUAUUUAGAGAAAAUUAAAGAAACUGAAAUAG